GAGCUGACGGGCUGUGCCUCUGCAGCCAGAGGGAGGAGGGCGGGAAGGCGGGCGGAGGAGGCGGAGGAGGCGGGGACAGCGCGGGGCGGUAGCUGGCGCUGAGCGCGGUGGGAGAGGAGAGGGUACCCGGAGGCUGAGCUGGCGGCCUGUGCCCGGAUCUCCGCGCUGCAACCCUGCACCUCUCCCGUCGUCGUCUCCGGGCUCCGCGGCCCCAGCCACAGCAGAGGUGGCGGAGCUUGGGUCCCGGGUAGGUUGCACGGGGAUGGCGGUUCCGUUUGCAACCUUUUGUGCUGCAGAAAAGUAUCUGGAGUAGAACUGAAAAAUUAUUAUGCCUGUGUUCCUUUGGGACUUAUUGGAAGUUGUACAGUGACAUCUACUGGGAUUUAGUCUGGAUUGUGUAGCGUGGUGCCUAAAAUGGAAGUGGAUGUUAAUGGUGAGUCCAGAAGUCCCCUGACCACCCUGCCUUUGCCUGUGACAGAGGCAGGCUCCCCAGGGAAGGCAGAGGCAGAGAAACCCCGCUGCUCUAGCACUCCGUGUUCACCCAUGCGCCGGACUGUGUCAGGCUACCAGAUCCUCCACAUGGACGCUAACUAUUUGGUUGGCUUUACCACUGGUGAAGAACUCCUGAAGUUAGCCCAGAAGUGCACAGGAGGUGAAGAAGGUAAGGGAGAAGCUAUGCCUUCCUUGCGCUCCAAACAGCUGGAUACAGGACUUGCACGUUCCUCUCGUUUCUAUAAAACCAGAAGUAGGUACUACCAGCCAUAUGAGAUUCCAGCUGUCAAUGGCAGAAGACGAAGACGGAUGCCCAGCUCAGGAGAUAAGUGCACUAAAUCUUUACCAUAUGAACCGUAUAAGGCCCUUCAUGGGCCUCUGCCUCUUUGUCUUCUUAAAGGUAAGAGAGCUCAUUCCAAAUCUCUGGACUACCUCAAUCUAGAUAAAAUGAACAUCAAGGAGCCAGCUGACACAGAAGUGCUACAGUACCAGCUUCAACACCUAACCCUCAGAGGGGACCGUGUGUUUGCUAGGAAUAAUACAUGAAUGACUUGCAAAGAGUGUCAACCAGUUUUGGUCAAAUUACACUUGGCUAGAAAAAUCCACUGUUGUACUCUGUACAGGACUCUUCACACUAUAGAUGGUUAUAUCAGCUAAAUGUUCCUGGAACAUAAAAAAAAAAUGUUUGGAUCAAAUUUUGAAUACAGGAAUGAGAAUCACAGGUACUUCGGGGAAAUCAUUCUAGAGGAUGCAUCUGCAGAGGAAACAGAAUGUUAACUAUUAGUUUGUAUAGCUUUUUAGCUAGGAAGAAAAGGCUUCGGUACAGUAAUACCUUUAUGAUAAUGACAUUCAAAUUGGGAAUGUUAUCUGCUUGGUUGUUGCUGACUUGGAAUGAUACAUUAGAAAUUUGUAUCUUAAGUACUCAAGUACAUCUUUAAUCUCUGUAUUUUAGUAUACAAUGUAUGUAAUGAUUUGUUUUCUGAAAUUUAGAACUUGAACAUUGCUGAAUUGGACCACUUUUUAUUUUUAAAUAUUGAGUUUAAAUAUUUUAUAACUGGUUUUGCACUGAAAAAAAAUUAACAUUUCUGAUUGACAAGAGAGUAAUCUUUCUCCCCUUGCCUCAGUAAUAAUAUUGAGCAGUGAAUUUUUUUUUUUUAAAUUUCCGCAUGGAAAGUUAUUGAUCUUUACGGCUGUAAAAUAUUUCUUUAUAGUGUUAUUAAAGUGUGUCUUAAUAAAAUUAAAUUUGGGAUACAAAGUAUUUAUUUUACGUUGGGUGGGCGGGAGGAACUCUUCCAGAAUGUUUCCAGUAUGAAGUUUUCAUAAGUUGAAAAGGUUUCCAAUAGUGCUUAUUUUCUAAAUUAAAAUUCCUCUGGAAUUUAAAAAAAGAAAGGAUUCUUUUAAUUGUGGAUUAUAGGCAUAAUACUGUUUGCAUCUGAAUGUUCUGUAAGUGAAUGGAACUUUAAUAGAGGAAGUCAUGAUUUAUACUAUCGAAUGCUUAAACUAAGUAUUAUGAAGUGACACCAUUCAGCAUGGCAUUGGGUUAUCCCAGUUGUAGUUCUGUGCAGUACAGCCACUUACUUAAAUUCCAGUAUCUAGGAUUAGUGUAGGAGCCUAAAGUGUUCCUACAGUUUUAAUGGGUUAAUCCUGGAUUACUUAACAAUUUAUGUCAAUUGCACUGGUUUAAUUUGUUGCUAAAGAAAUAAAGCCCAAGCUUUAGUAACAAAUACAGCUCAACUAUUCUUGAAUAUAUUUUGGAAACAAAAAGUGUAUGUAACUUACGUUUUGUAAAAGUUUCUAUUUCUUUCUCUUUUGACUCUAGAAGGUGCAAUUUAUUACUGAUUUGCCAUUUUUGGAAACAUAGAACUGCUUAUUUAAAGUUUUGGUUUUGGGGCUGUGAGUUUUUUUUAGGCGUUGUAAUCUUAUAAAAUAAGGACAGUUUUAAAUUGAGUGGGUCAUUCCUGGUAUAGAGUGACUGAAUGACAAACUCUACUUAGAGCCAAUAAAUAACUAUUGAACACUAGGAACUCUAAUCAACAUUUAUUAUACUUUCACUAAAGUAAACUAUGUGAAAGAGGUUGGAGAAAGUUGGCCUAUAACCUACCGAAUUAAUGAGAUUUUUGUGGUGGGCUGAACAAUUUUCAGCAGUUGUAUAUUUUAAAGUAAAUUGCACCUUUGUAACAUAUUGUAUUGACGAGUGAUCACUAAGAUUAACUAUAUCUAUACAGUCAUUAGUUUGACAAGAAAUAGAAUCCUGUCAGAUGCCAAAGAGUUGGGGUUUUUACGUUUAAUGAUUAAACACCGUUAUUUAUUGAUGAUUUACCCUGUGGAACUGUAUUAUUUCUAACUAUGAAAUAAAAGGGUGAUGUAAACAU